AUGUUCUUGAAGACUUUAUGUAUUGUCAUAUCGUUUCUAACGGUAUCGGCCCAUGCCCGCCUCAUAGAUGACGUACCGAAUUUACGUGGGAAUUAUUAUAUGCCAAUUCCAGGCAAUGGUAAUCAAUAUGUAUUCAACAUUGAUUGGUCAUAUUCUCUCGAUGAAUACGUUGUUACUGUUACCGGACAAUCGUUAGCUUGGGCUACUGCGACAUUAAGCAUAGUUAAUGAUACUUCAGUUAACCUACUCUGUGAUAAUGGCAUUAGUAUAUCGGGUGUUAUAAGCUACUCGACAGAUUUACCGACAAUUUGCUGGCCGACGUUCAAAGAUUUUACCUGUUGGAAACAUCUUCUUUCGAAUAUAACACGAAUUCAUGUGAUUAAUAUGAAUCAUUUAGAUGUCGGCUACAAUGGCAUUCCCAUGACUGGUUUCAUAAACAACAUUCUAAAUAUCUAUUUCCAUCAAUACUUUCCUCGUGCCGCUCUUCUAGCCGAACAAAUUCGUCAAAUAUCUCCUGAAGAUACAUUCGUAUAUACAACUCAUCCUUGGUUACUCAGUAUGUUUUUCGAUUGUCCAUCAGAUUUUGUGCUCGCUGGUAUUCAACUGAAAUGUCCAUCGAAUAAAGAAAUGCAAUUGAUUGAACGAGCUAUACGAACAGGUGCAAUCACCUGGCAUGCUGGCGCGAUGAAUAUGCAAUAUGAAUGGAUGGAUGAACGAGCAUUAAAUUAUUCGUUAGAUCUAUCAGUGUCAUUGGCAAAACGUUUUAAUGUUCCUGUUCCAUGUGUAGUCAGUGUUCGCGAUGUUCCAGGUGUUCCGAUUGCGAUUCUCAGAUCGUUAAAUCAAUAUUUUUCGCAGUAUUGUUCGUUCAAACCUAUGGUCACCGUUGGAGUUAACCCUGCGGUUACUGAUGUCGAUAUUCCCAAUGGUUUAUUUCGCUGGGGAACAAGUGAUGAUUUAAGUAUAUUGGCAACAUGGCAUGUAUAUGGCUAUCCAAACAAUCCUGGCUCGACAUUUGGUAAUCCUGGUGGUUUAUCGAUUGACGAUAUUGUCAUCGUACCCGAAACAGGUGUUGGUUUGGCAUUCGCAUUCCGUACAGAUAAUCAAGGUCCACCAAUGUCUGUUGCUGAAAUUCGUCAAAAUCAUGAAAUCAUUCGGCAAUCAUAUCCAAGUGCUCGAAUCAUCUCGUCGUCAUUUCAACAUUUUCUGGAAGAUGUUGCUGGCGUUGCACCAGAAUUAGAACUAUUCGAUCGUGAUAUAUCCGAUUCAUGGUUACAAGGUAUCGGUUCAGAUCCAAAACGUGUUCAACAAUAUCAAGCAUUGCAAAGAGCAUUGGCAACAUGCUUCGAUCGUAAACUAUGUUCAACAGAUGAUGAUCAAUUGAAAAGUGCAAGUCGAUAUCUUGUUAAAAUUCCAGAACACACAUGGGGUUUGCCGUCAGUAUACGAUCAAAUUAACUGGAGUAACAAACAAUUUGAAGUAGUGGUUAAUACAGCCCAAUCGUACAAUAAUUGUCGAUCAGCAUGGCUUGAACAACGAGCAUUUUUCGACGUAUACUUAAAAGCUGUUCAAGAUCAUCCACUUCAUAAUAUAAUUCAAGAGGAACUUCGUUUAGCCUUUGACAAUGUCAAACGCCCUAAUCUAGAUGAUUUCAAAACUGUUUCACCGACGGAAACAUUCGUUCUAUUUCGCAAAUCAGCAAAUCCAAUUACUGUUUCAUUCGACAAAAAUCUCGGUUCCAUCUCCAAUCUAUCCCGAAGCGAAACAAUCUAUUGGACUGAUGAAAAUUCUCAAUUAGGAACCUAUGUUUACAUAACCUACAAUGAAACAGACUUUAUCCAAUUGUCAAAUACAUAUGGCAAUCCAGGUUAUGAUAAACCAAAUUCGACGGUUAAUGCAAAUCCCGAUUCACGCAUUUGGUUACCAUCACUGAAACGAUUCUUUCGAUCCCGUAACGAUGAAAAUGUCUUUCUCGCUCUAUUAAAUCUCGACAACGAAGCUGUAGCUACUUAUGGUGGUUUCAAUGAAACAUGGUUAUUGUAUAAGUUCAUCGACGAAACAUCAUUUAGUCUCGAGUGGCUUGGUUUAGAUAAGACAGCAACACGACUUGCCGAAGCAUCAAUGGUGAAAUUUCUACUUCCGAAUCAACCAUCAUGCUCGCUAAUCCAAUACGAUACUGAAGUUGAUGUUCAACAAGCCGCAACAAAAUCGUCAUACUAUCAACGAGGCGUCGAUGCUUUUUCAUGUCAGGCAAGCUUGUCAUCGAAAUGUUUUGUCACCCUCAAUGUUAAAUCAUUGGAUGCACCCAUAGCUUGUCCAAUCCUGAAAGGUAAAGAACCAACAGCCCUUCCAUUUCCAGCACCUGGCAAUUCUCCACCAUUGGACGGAAUGGCUUACAAUUUACAUAAUAAUGUUUGGGAUACGAACUAUAUUUUCUGGUAUCCAUUAGUUUCAGGUGACGAAUCAUGGCGCGCUCGAUUUAUAGUCACAUUUGAUGGAUCAUGUAGUUAA